ACUUCGCGCUGACACUAGCUCCCCUCCGUAAGAAGUUCCUGACACAAGUGGACAUCACACGGCCCAUCGCUACUCUGGGAUACACAGUGACCAUGCGCAGACAGGCCCCUCCCGCCAUCACUCUCCUGUCUCCACUGCGCAACUACACCUGGGCCUACAUCCUGGUCGUCUACGCAUGCGUGUGCAUGCUGUCACACUUCAUAGACAAGCUGGACCCGUACGAGUGGGGCAUGCGCAGUAAGGAUGAGGUGGAGACGAGAGAUGACUCCUUCAGUCCGAUUGGUAGCUUCUGGCUGGGAAUGACGUCAUUCUGCAGACAGGGUGUGGAGAAAUCCCCAAGGUCCAUCGGUGGAAGGAUCAUCACAGGAAGUUGGUGGUUCUUCGCUCUGGUCAUCUUUGCCUACUACGUGUCUACCUUCUCAGCUAUCCUCAGCAAGGACGAUACCAUUAAGGUGAACUCGGUGUCCGACCUGGCCUUCCAGAACAAGAUCGCGUACGGGCUGAACAGGAAUAUCACCCCGCUGCUCAACUUCUUCAAGAACACCGAGACGGAGCCGUACGCAACCAUGUGGCGAUACAUGAAGAAGAACCAGCGGAACCUAGUGGACAGUAACGCUGUGGGGAUGAGGAAGGUGAUGGGGGAUCAUCAGUGCGGCGACGGCGGGAAGUUCGCCGGCACCCACGAAAGCUACGCCUUCAUCACAUCCUCUCGUGUGGAGUUUGACUAUCGAGACAAAUACAACUGCUCCCUGCGCACGGUGGGAAACUACUUCUUACCCUACGAGCUGGGCCUGCCCCUCCCGAAAGGUUCCGUGUUCAAGGACAUCUUCGAUAAAAUAAUCAUCGAUAUGCAGAAUGACGGCACCCUGCAGCAGCUGCAGAUGAAGUGGUUGAUGAGCCCGACCCGUCAGUGUCCGGGGGAGGACGCCACGGCCAUGCAGGUGCUGGCCCCGGACGGUCUCGCUCCGAUGUUCGGGGUGGUGGGGGCCGCUGUUGUUCUCGGCGUCCUGGUGGCCCUGGUCGAACUCAUCGUCUACAAGACACAGAGGGCACGUGAUCGCAAGGAGAAAGAUGGCGGCGGUUCAGCCGAGGUAAAGAGAAGUUGCUAUGCCAGACUUCUCAGCGCCUGCUGCGGCGGGAAAGGAGACAAGAAGAGCGCGUCCUCCCAGGGAGAAGACAGCGAUGACCUGGGGAAGAUUCCGGCGCCGCUGCCGCCGCUCAGCAUGCCGUUCUCCGGCAGCUCUAAGGAGGAGGAGGAGGAGGCGAACCGCGCGGACGAACUCCUGGCCAGGCUGGCCGCCAUGUCUAACGCUGUGGCCGCGCUAGGGCCGACGGGGGAUUACCGCUCCGCGCAGAACGGAUUUCCCAAGCCGCCCGCUAACCCAGCUCUUAAUCAAGGAGUGAAGAGGGACGUCGCGGGAGUCAGCAAGCAGGGCACGUUCCGCGUGAGCACAGAAGAUAAGGAAGCGGCCCCGGCUCCCCCCAGCGACUUUAGAGCCUAG